ACCAAAAUCGAUUCGGAAAAUCCAAAAGAGAAAAUGAUCGCGUUAGCCGUGUACGUGGCUGUCGGACUGUCCCUGUUCGCAAUGUGUUUCAAUCUGAUGGAAGAGGAAGUGAUCCAGAAAUUGAAACGUCUCGGUCGUUUUAUCGGUCUGAUCCAAGAUCCAGUCGGGGAGAGAAAAAUUGAUGAAACACUUCAAUCGGAUUCGGUGGACAACAUGCUCUGA